GUCAAGGACAGCAGAAGGAUUCACGCGGUCGAGCCGUCCCUGAAUUCGCAGCCCCCACGUGUGGGAUCAUCGCCGCCCAUCCCGCAGGAUUUCCCAUUCCUAGCACAUGGCAGGCUGCGAAGAAGAGGAAGACUCUGUCCUUGUCCUUCCUCUCCCAGAGCAGGAGCUGAGGAUGGAGAGCAGGGAGGACAAAUCCCCACGGCAGAACCUCGUGGAAGAGGCCGUUUUGAGCGGCUCCAUGGCGCAGGAACCCAACGGGGAGGAAAAGUCCCAGAGAUGCCGCACGAGGAGGGGCUGCAAACGCAGAUCAUGGGGAUCUGAGGAGGAAAGACCCAGCCUGGGCCGGGGAGGCGGCCGGAGAUGGAGCCAGAGCUCGGAGCUAGUGGUCCAUGAGCAGCUCCAGGAUGGGGAGAAGCCCCACAAGUGCUCAGAGUGUGGGAAGAGCUUCAGGUACAGCUCCCAGCUGAUUGUGCACCAGAGGACCCACACUGGCGAGAGGCCCUACGAGUGUGGGGAGUGUGGGAAGAGCUUCAGCCAGAGCUCCAGCCUGGUCAGCCACCGGCGCAUCCACACUGGGGAGAGGCCCUACGAGUGUUCCAAGUGUAGGAAGAGGUUUCAGACCAGCUCCGAUCUCAUCAAGCACUAUUGGGUUCACAUGGAGGAGAGGCCCUUCUGCUGCCCCGACUGCGGGAAGGGAUUCAGGAGGAACUCCCACCUCAUCAGCCACCGGCGCAUCCACACCGGGGAGAGGCCCUAUAAGUGUCCCCAGUGUGGGAAGAGCUUCUCACAGAGCUCUAACUUGACCCAACACCAACGGAGGCACCGGUAAGGGAAGCCCUGUGAGUGCCCCAAGUGCGGGAAGAGCUUCGUGCGCUGCUCCAGCUCCAUCCCCCACUGCAGGACCCAGGUUGGGCACAGCCCUGGUGACCCACAUUCCCUGUCAUCCAUGUUGGGAGCGCACCUGGCUGCUUUCCCUUUUGUUUUGGACUUAAUUUUCUUGUGAUUCAUCUUUAUCCCUUAAAAAUAGCUAAAACAGGGUUAAAUGAAAGAAAUUGAUCAAAAAUAUCUGAAGUCCCACCAUUUCACAGGUGUUUGAGGGGGAAUUUAGGAUUUGGGGACACGUUCUGUGUGGAGUGCCCCUGUUGCUAAGAGGCAGGAGUUUGAUCUCACCCUUCUUGUGUUGCUGAUAACUCCUCCCUUGCCCCAAACCCUUACUCCACCCCUGGGAUACCCUGUACAAACCCCACGGCCCUGCCUUUGCCCUGUCUCUCGGGGGUAAGAAAUGGAUUCUGGAGCGUUGUGAAACCAAGACCCGCCUCGUUUGUUCCUGGCAGCGGCAGCUGCACCUCCCUGGACACCAUGAACUCUGGAGAAUGGGGCAGCCAGUGAGGACAUGCCCUGGAUUGCAAGAUCAGUGUGUGUUCUAUUUGCCAUCUGUCAGAGGAGGGGCAGGUAUCUCCUGUUCAUUGUGCAGUUUUCUUUAUCUCUUCCACAGCCAGUCCUCCCUCUGGGAGAUAUCUUCUCUUAAUGGGCCAUUAAUUAUUGAUUCUCUUCUGUUAAUGGGCCAGUGAGUGUCCCUGCAUGGCUGAUAAAAUGACAUCAUCCCACUGGGAGAUGCUCCGCCCAGGGGGAGGAGCCAAACAUUCCUGCCUGGAUAGAAUCUGAGAUUUGGAGCACCGCAAGCAGCCUUUUCCCACUGCAUUCCCAGAGGAUCAGCCCUUUUCCCACUGCAUUCCCAGAGGAUCAGCCCUUUUCCCACGGGAUUCCUAGAGGAUCAGCCCUUUUCCCACUGCAUUCCCAGAGGAUCACCCUUUUCCCACUGCAUUCCCAGAGAAUCAGCCCUUUACCCACAGGAUUCCCAGAGGAUCAGCCCUUUUCCCACUGCAUUCCCAGAGGAUCAGCCCUUUGCCCUCUGGAUUCCCAGAGGAAGACCAGGCCCAUCUACACCACCACUGGAGCUUCAGAGGAAAACUGCACCCUUCUGCAGGAUCCCUGCUCCAACAGACCCACAGCUGUCACUGCAGGAGGACUGAGGCCACCAUUCAAUGGGACUGCUGCCACCACCCUGACCCACAGGGUGUCAGGUUGUAUUCUGACUCUGUCAGUGGUUGUUUUGUACGAUUAAAUUUGUAUUUUUAAUUUUUCCUAAUGAAGAAUUGUUAUUCCUAUUCACAUAUCUUUGCCUGAGAGCCUUUUAAUUUCAAAUUUAUAAUAAUUCAAAGGGAGGGGGUUUACAUUUUCCAUGUCAGGGGAGGCUCCUGCCUUCCUUAGCAGACACCCCCAGGGUUUAU